CCCUCACUCUCUCUCUCUCUCACACACAGUCACACCUGCUCAAAGUUGAAGAGUCAGUAGCGGCUGCUAAAAUUACGAAAAUAAAGAGGUCUGGAAGAAGACUUUCAAUCUGGUGUUUCGUAAUACGUAUGCAUAUACAUGUAUAGAGAAGGAAGAAACAGUCUAGCUAGCUGAGGAACGACUAUCCUUCGUCUUCUUCGACUUACGAUAUCAUUGGCUGAUGAAUCCUUUCGUUUCUGUUCAUGAUCAUUACAACAUCUGGAAAGAUGUAGCUGGAAUUGCCGGAAACAUAUUUGCUUUUGGCCUUUUUGUAUCACCAGUGGACACUUUCAGGAGGAUUAUCAAGAGCAAAUCCACUGAAUUGUUCUCAGGAUUACCUUACAUAUAUGCUCUCUUGAAUUGCUUGUUAUCUGCCUGGUAUGGAUCUCCUUUGGUGUCUACUGGAAACACAAUGGUUAUGUCUGUGAAUAUACUAGGCAUUGUAUUCCAGAUAACAUACAUAUCCGUGUUCAUCACUUAUGCAGAAAGAGAUAAGAAGAUGAAGAAGCUCGGGUUGCUAUUGGCAAUUUUUAGCCUUUUCGCAGCUGUAGCUGUUGGGAGUUUGUUCAUUACCCAACUUGUGACACGCCGUGUUUUUGUAGGGUGCCUUAGUGGUGGUGCUCUUAUCUCAAUGUUUGCCUCUCCCCUCUUUGUAAUUAAAUUGGUUAUACGAACAAGGAGUGUUGAAUACAUGCCAUUUUAUCUUUCACUUUCGACAUUCUUGAUGAGCACGGCUUUCUUUGUUUACGGAGUUCUUAAUUCCCCUCCCGAUCCAUUCAUUUAUGUACCAAAUGGAAUUGGAACCUUGCUUGGAAUAGUACAAUUGGCAUUGUAUUUCUAUUACAAAGACAAAAGUCCAACCAGCAAUAGAGAGCCCUUGAUCCUAACUUAUGCAUGAAAAUGAUACUAUUGUAAACUAUAAAUGUAUCUAUUCUAUUAUAAUUACUAGAUGUUAUAAAAGUGUAUAACAUAUAUAAUAUAUAAUAUUCAAUGGAGUUAAUACCAUUUCCUUGUUA